GUUCUUAGGUGCUUCUUCUAGCUCUUUUCGUAACUAGGAGAUUACACACACACACAAGCUGCAGACUUCAUCGUAAGUUUCUGAUCAUGUCUUCAAGAACCUCAAGCACCACCCAGUAUGAGACAAGUAAGGAUCUUAUUUUGAAGCUUCGAGCAUUAAUGCUAGAUGUUGAAAACAAUGGCAGUAGAGGCAGUACCUCGAAGGUGCCUUUGCCGAAACUCCUUGAGGAGGCAUGCAGUCACAUUAGGAGACUACAAGGAGAGGUCGGUGACCUGUGUGGGAAGAUCGCCGAGCUGUUGGCUUAUCCACACAUCACUAAUGCUGAAGAACAGAUCCUAAGGGAGGUCCUGCAGGGCUUCUUCUUUCAGUUCACACGAAGGCGUAACGGGGACAUGCAAUUUUUUAUUCUAAGAUAUCUGUCCAUUUAUUUUCUUUUUGUAAUAUUCCAUUUUCAGAUAAGGGUUGAAGUUGAUUAGCAAAGCCAAACUUUGUAUUGACAGCUUCUUUGGUUCUGUUGGGCGGCAAGUGGAUUAAAUUAUUUUCGUUUCCACA